AUGCAGUCUUCAAUGCAGGCCGAGGUUUUCUGAACAUUUUCACAGCUUCUAGGGAAAACAAAAUGAAAUCAUUUUAGGUCGACUUCUGCAAAAUGCGGUCCGGAAACAUCUGGCGCGAAGUGACACGGACUCAGGUGCAUUUUCUCUUUCACCUUUUUUUUCGACACUUUGUAAUUAGUCUGAGGAAUUGCGCUUUUGCGACAAUACAGAUCGGAGGUCCAGGGGCCGUGCGACUGGCCGUCAUUAACGCGUUUUCGACGCGCACAUCUUGUUCUGCGCCGCUUUUUUUGUAAGCUAAAGUAAUGCAACAAUGCUCAGAUUCGUGUUCCAUCAGAAAUCGUUUCAAUGGGAGUGGCGAACGCAAAUUAUGUCUUUUACAGAGCGCGGAGAACAGAAAAAUUGAGCUGAACGAGUUCAAGGAAGAUCGAACUAUAAAUAUUUUUUCAUCCUAAGUACAGACUUUUCAGUUUUCAAAAGUUUUUUUCACGAAACGACUCAUACUACAAGUUUGAAUGAGCUUUUCUGAUUUUUAUGUUUCGUCCAGUGGAUAAAAGUUUCCAGGAUGUUCCUAGUUUUGCAUGAUUUGAAACAACAAAAAAAUAAAAAAACUCAUAGCUUUUUAUAUUUUCUAAAAAAACCCAUUUUUUUCAAUAUGCUGAAAGAAUUUUUUUCAACCUUGAGACGCUGUAAAAAAAGAAAAACUCUUUAUCCUCGAUAAAAGUUUAGAUUCAAAAAAACUUUCUCAUCAUGUCUAAAAAAAUGAAAUUUGAAAGUUUCUAAACAAUCGCUUCGGAAAUUUUUGAAUUUGCUAGUUUUGAAGUUUUCUAAGGCUGAGCUUUCUUCUUUCUUUCUUUGAAAACUCUCUCGGUUAAACAACUUGAUAAAAAACGAAUGAAUUCAAUUUUGUGACCUCCCUUAUUUUUCAGGUUCUGGCGCAAGUGUCCGGCGGCGUAGUUCGUUCUAAACGACAAGCUGGUUAUUCUGCUGGAAGCUAUCCCACUGCUGCCGUAGAAAGUUGGAUUUUUUAGUCUUCUCGGAAAUUCAUCUGUUUAGAUGGUCCUGCCGAAACUGCGCCAUCCGGUGGUUGCUGUGGAUGUGGAGUUUCUCCACAAGGACCUCCAGGAGCCCCCGGCAGAGACGGGGACGAUGGAAUCGAUGGAGAGCCUGGGGCGCCUGGAAAAGAUGGUCCUGAUGGACCUGAAGCUACACCUGCUCCACAACACGAAUGGUGCUUUUUUCAUGAUUUCAUAAAUUAACCCGUGUCUUUUAGGUGCUUCGAUUGUCCUCCUGGAGAACCUGGAGCAGCUGGACCGGCCGGUCCUAAAGGAACGCCAGGACAAGCUGGUGCACCUGGAAAAGACGCCGACGGUGGCUCUCGCGGAGCGCCUGGACCUCCAGGACCACCUGGACCACCUGGAGCUCCGGGAAACCCAGGAAAAGCGGGAGCACAAGGCAAACCAGGAGUUCUUCAAGAAGUCCCGGGCCCUGUUGGUCCACCAGGACCGCCAGGACCGGCAGGAUUGCCAGGAGCUCCUGGAAACACUGGACCGAACGGAAGCCCAGGAAAAGACGGAUCGCCAGGAGACGCAGGAGAUAAUGGAACGCCAGGAGGGCCUGGAAAAGACGGAACACAGGGACCUCCUGGUCCGGAUGGAUCUAGAGGACCUAGUGGCGGCUGCGAGCAUUGCCCACCUCCCAGAACUGCUCCUGGAUACUAA